UGAGGCAGCUCCUGUCCCUUAUGUCUCUUUGUGGGGAACAGAACAGACUUUCCAGAGCAUCACUGGAGACAAGACAGAGCACCAGGGAGGAAAAACCAGGUGUCGACCUCCAUGCAAACCUGACCUCAACUUCAGUGGAUGCCAGGAUGAGCGGAGAGGAGGAGAGGAGACGGAAACCUACUCAAGCUUGAGUAAAACAUCUAGGAGACCAAAAUAGGAGGUGGAACCUAACAGCUGGACAUCCAAGAUGUCAAUUUUGAUUUGAAAGCGACUUGAUCAGCAGAUCAAAAUAAACAACGCUGGACUGGAACGCGAAGAAACAGGUUUUGAUUUGAGCUUCUCUGUAGAAAAGUUUUGUUAAAGAAAAAUCAACAAAGUACUCCAUAUCUUUUGUAACUAUUGAGAUUAAAAGCACCAUAUGAAAUACAUACAAACGAAGGAAAGAGGAGUAAUUAUAAAAAAAAUCUUUGCCUCUCCUGAGCACUUUACAUACAGUAAUUUGUGGUAUGAAAUUGAGAUACUCUUUAAAGAACAUCUUGAAUGGUCCCGACAGUGCUCUUAAUUCACCAGCCAGGCGUUUAUCUUAUUUCUCCAGCUCCUUCUGAGAGGGAGCAUUAAAGACUUCAUUGAUAGUGCUCUCGGGAGCGGGUAAUAUUUCUUAUGUGAAGUCUUGAAACUUUAAAGCUAUUGACUGGAGGGAGAGAGAAGUGCCACAUACACAAGAAAAUUAUGUUGAGCUGUUUCCAAGUGUGCGUCUUGACUUACACUGCAGUAGAGCAUUAAGGACAGUAGAAAUGUUCACAGGGUGUGGAGUGGUCACUGGCCAGAACCAGUACCUGACCAGAGACGCCGUCAGGCCCAACCCAGAACUUGAGGUGAGCAGACAGAUACAAAUGGAAAAUGGGGUGACCUCGGGCAUGUGCCCCUUCUACCAGGGUCAAAGUUGCAGAAAUGCUGGCCAGCCAGCAGUGGUCAAUAUUUCCAGCCCGCUAAAGCAAGCACCACUACCAGUCCCUCCUCCAGCACUAAAACUUGGGCAGGAGGGGUUCAAGAAAGUCUGCCGAACUGAAGAGGAUAGUCCCUGUCCCUUCCCGGGAUUGGCUUCUGGGGUGCUGGAGAUGCGUGUGAAGGAGGGAAGUAAAAUACGCAACUUAAUGGGAUUUGCAAUGGCCCGCAUGCAGGGAGAGAAAUGUUUAAGUGGUGGUGGACUGAGGCAGGUGGUCUUCACUGGGUCGGGCCGUGCGGUCACAAAGACCAUCACCUGUGCUGAGAUCAUGAAACGAAAAGUGGGUUCUCUGCACCAGCUGACUAAACUCCGCUACAAGGUGGUCAAAGAGGUGUGGGAGAGUUCUGAAGGGGGGGCAUCUGAGAUGACGGUGCACAGGACUGUGCCUUCCAUCAGCAUUCUUCUUUCCAAAGACCCGCUGGAUCCCCAGGAACCAGGCUAUCAACCUCCGGAGAACCUCACUGCCUUGUGGGAGGAAAAAGAGGCUGUCGAAUCUUCUUCACAGACAGCAUGCAAGAGACCUCUUGGACCUUUGCCAUACAGCAGUUUCACUCACUGUAAGAGAAUGUGUUUGGGGGAAGGGGUCUCAGUUCUCCCUCCUCACUGACUGGCUGAACGGAUGUCAAACAGUGGAGCGGAUUGAAUCAGAGGAGUUCAUUUCGAGCUGCCCUCCACUCAAGCACAAUGCUGAGACAAUCAGGACAUUCACUCAGACAGAACAGUGCUUUUUCAGAAGAACUGAGUACCAAUUCCAGCCUCCAGAGGUCAGUUUGACUGGGACGUAAAAGCUUGCCUCUGUACAUACAGCAUUUAAGGGAUGUCUUUCUCGGCAUGUCCAAUAGAAUCUAUCAAAGCCACAAAUGGUGAUGAUGAGUGCUAUCAUGCUGUAAAAUCUUUAACAGAUUCAUAUCCCAUUUCACACAAACUAAAGAAAGAGCCAUGAAUUCCACAGGCUCCAUGUUGCAGUGAACUGUCUUUGGCCUGUGGACCAAAUCAUUUAGUAACAUCACGUUACAAUCAUCUCUAUUCCUCCAUGCACUUAAGUGUGGUCUUUGAAAAUACACAAGCUAGAACCAAGAACAUAAAGAAAAAGCAGAUUGAAGCCAUUGGUUAUUUGGAAAAUGCAAAACAUACCAAUUUUAUUUGUUUGACUAUUAGCUCUCAAGAAAAAAAAUUAAAUUGUUUUUUCCAAAGGAAACUUUGUUUUGUAUUCCAUUCCGUCUUUCUUCAACAUUAUGAAUUUGAAAAGCUCUGAUUGAACAGAAAAUCACAGUGUGCUGAUCUUUUGAUAAGAAUAACGGCAAUGAAAUUUGUCUGUAGAAAAAGCAGAUUUAAUGACAAAGCUGUUGAUAAGGCACAGCUCCUAAACCAUCCCCGCCUGACAGAAAUGCCUAGAGCAGAAAUACAAGCACAGAUAAUCAUUAAGAUAACAACAUAACAUCACACAACACAGUGGAGAAAAGGAUUAAUACUAGGCUUGACAGAGCUUCACACUACAGAGUUCCUGCAAAUAUAAAAUCAAGACAACGUGCUACACACAGCCUAUAGGUCUACACAGGCAUCACAUCUAUUGUAUAGUUUAGUCUACCUCUUCCGCUAUAUACUUCUGCCAUUUGUUUCAGGAAAUAUAAUAUGCUGAACCAUUUCAUUUUAAAAGAACCAAGUUUUACAGCAACACCAAACACUUAUAUUUAAUAAUAAAUUAAGGAGGCAUUUCUAUAUACAAUGCUUCCCAUCUUUUAAACACCCUUUGGAUACCAUUUUAGUUGCAAAUAAAGGUAUCUCUGAGUAAUUGCUACAGCUUAACUGGAUGCUGCAGACAUGGAUGGCAAUUGGAUCAAAAUCAAACUCCGAGCAGAAUGCAGCAGUGGGAAAAAAAAAACAGCAAGAAGCGCACAUAUUGAAUUUGAUUGAUUAAAGAUUUCUACAUAUUGAAAAUUUUCCCUAAAACAAGACAAACAUAUAAACCUCUGAGUGUAAAUAUAUCCAAAUAAUUGAGAAAUUUCCACUUAAUCAACCAUGUCUUCUGGGGAUAAUAACUUAGACAAGUGGAACCUUGUCUGAAGCUUUUAGUGUUGAUCUUAAUGAAAAUCUGCAAAUGCAGAUAUCUGCCUCCAAAAGUAAAUUAAUCAAAGUGACUCCUAACAGGGGAGACAAUUCUAUUACAGCUUAUAGAGAAAAAAGGACAAUUCACUUGUGGCAUUUCUGUUCAUAUUCUUUCAAAGAAAAUACAAAUGGUAAUAUUUCAUAUAGUGGUCAGCCAGCACUUUACCCGUCUAUGGCAGACAUUGUGAUUAACCUCCCUCUCAAUCCCAUUAAAUGAAUCAGAGCACAGCAGAGCACCCAAGGUUGAAUAAGAAAUGCUGCCACUGCAAUACAGCACAUAUGUGGCAAACUGUGUCCUCGAGACUGCUGGAAGGUUAUCACUUCAGGUCGUUGUUAUCACAGAGUUAACAGCUUUCACCCAAGAGCCUGUGGGACAGUCGGUCCAUGAUGCAGGUCAAAAAGAUAAUGCUGCUAUAAGUAAAUUUUAAAUCGACCCGCAUCUGUUAUCAAGCAUUAAGAAUUCUGGGCCAAGUGUAAAAUGUAGUGGGGGUAAUUAGGGAUAACAGUAUAGCGUACCUGACUGAGAGAAUAGAUAAAGCAUACUGGCAAAUGCAUUAUCCUGGAGCUAAAUCCAAUGUGGCUAGCACAAAAAAGCAUGGGAGAAGAGUCCAAGUGCAUUAUAAGAACGGGGACAAGGUUAUUCAGAAGUUGAGAAUCCAUUAUGCCGGUGACAUUUGUUUUUAAAGAUGCAGAAAAGGUGGAAUUGUAGGGGAUACAAACCUAGGCCUAAAAUAUACUAUACUAAAGCACUACUAUAAGCACAGCGUAUAUAAACUGAGUGCACAAACGUGUUCAAACGCAUGUUCUUUUUCCGUGAAACAGAAGUGGCAGCUUAAAUUACCGAUUUACCAUUUUCUGGGUCACGUAUACAUUUUGUGGGUGUAUUUUUGUUAGACAACAGUGAUCUUGUUUUUUGUUGUAAAAUAUUGAUGCAGCAUAUUUAAGUUUUCGGCACAAAGUAGAAAACAAAUCUAUUUACUUUUCUUUCUUAAAAAAUACUUAUUAAACUAUUAAAUCUCUAAAAGGAAAACAGCAUUAUAUUAACA